AUGCCUGAGACGCCAUGGGUUGCAAAUGCGUCCGGCUCAGGACCGGGGACGAAGCGGGAGUCAGCGGUAAGCACGGUUUGUGGUCAGGAGAAUGGCGAGGAGCAAGAGCACUGGGAGUCGCUCCUAGAGCUCUGCGAAGGUUACCGAGAGUUGCACGCCACAGAGCCACCUUUAGAACGCCGAGCACUCUCCUGGGCCAGGUGCAUCGCCUUCGCACAGGUGGCACUUGGCGCAAGAGGCUGCCUUCAGCGUGGCCGAAACGGCGGGCCGCGUGUCAUCUGGGUGCUGGCAGCCACAGACGAGGUGGAAGGCGCGCUUGCCGAGCAGGGAUACUUCAAAGACGCGGCGUGGCUCGACCGAGCUCCGACCCAGGUGGUCAUCCUUGGCAAUGGCAUGCGACAGCUCAAGCCAACUUUGAGGUCUGGCGGCGAGGGAAAGACAAGCACGGUUCGCAUAUCGAACCACCAGCACGCGAAGGACCUCCCUGCACCCCACCUCGCGAUUCUGUUCAUGCCUGACCGCGAGAAUUUGGCCUUCGAACCGGGUGGGAACGAAGGUUCAGAGCUGCCUUCGAGAGACAUACCCCGAGAGGUCCGAUCCAUGUUGGUUGGAGUUCCUGUGGUCGUCUCUACCUGCUUCAAGCUGUCGACAAGAGUCAGCCAGCGCUUGAGCAGUCUGGGUCGGUUGCUGCUUCUCCAAGAGACGCGAUGUCCUUUUUCCGCAAGUGCCGGCGAUCCCGACAGCCAGUUCUCUGACAACUCGUGGAUCACAGCAGUCGAGGGCCCUGACGCUUUGGACUUCUUCAUGAAUUUGGACUUGAGCAUGGAAGCACCUCCCGUUCUGGAGGAAGAUCAACGCAUCCCGGCCGUGUUUUGGGGCAUCCUGGACUUGAAGUACGAUGGCUCGAAGCCCAUCCUCGAGCGCGUGCGUGUGCUGGAGACUGGCGACGGCCGGAUCUCCAAGUUCAGCGGGGACGGCGCUGCACUCCAAGACUGCAUGCGCAACAGGUACACCUCCAAGGAGAGUGGCGUGCUCCGCAAGUUUCAUGUGAUCUCCGCCGACAAGAAGCUGACGCAUGACCUCAUGGAGCUCGCGGGCUAUGGCCACAUCGUCCCAGGUCAGUGUUGCUACCCGCGGCACUACCACAUGCAGCUGGCGGAGCAGAUCACGGCGGACCUGGACCUCGAGGAGGGCGACAAGGUCGUGCUGAAGCUCUGCAAUCGGAGUCGAGCCGCGGGUGUCAUCGUCGCACCCGUCGACGAACUGGACGAAGUGCUGGAAGAGAUCUUGAUUCCGCCAGAGAAGAUGGAUGGAUGGCUCCAGGAGAAAUCUCGUCCGCUACAAGAGGGGAAGAGGUCUCCUGGCGAUUUCGACCUUGCAUGGGGCAGCUUCGAGGAGCAGAAGAGGCACUGGUGGGCGAACGAGAGCCCUUGUUUCGUGGCCGAGCGCUGGUGCACCUCCACACCUGUUCAGAAACAAGGCAAACUCUUCGAUGGAACGAUGCGGGUUGGCUUCGUGAUACUCUACAAGCGAGAUCUGCAGCGCUCCCGGGAGCAGCAAAACGGAGCGGCGCAAGAUGCAGGCGCAGGACCUGGGGACAUCCCGCAGCCAGAAGAGCUGGCAGUGCAUUGGCUGGGUGGCUACUGGAAGCUCCCGAAGAGGGACAUGUGUUCUUCUGACUUGCGCGAGCGCGUCGUGAGUGCAGCCCGGACCUCUGGCACUGCACCAGUCCGGUCAUCGGUUCUGGCCGAAGUGUACUCCGCCCUUGGCGACUCGGUCCAGCAACUUUUCGGCGGGGUCGAGCCCACUUCCAAGAUGCUGUCAGACCAGUACGAUGGGAACCCGGAGCUCGCUGCAUACUUAACUGCACGCCUCGCCGUAAGCAACCGUGAUCAUGCUCGGAUGAAGAAGAUGCUCUACGACGCACAAGUCCUUGCAAGCAAGAGCAUGCAGGAGCGUGGUAAGCACUUCGUCGAGUCUUUUCUCGCACGCUGCCAUGGGGUCCUCGAGGCGCGCAGCGCCAACAAGGAUCGCUGGGAAGGUGCCAAGAGACACUUCGUGAAGUCCCUGAAGCAUUCUCCUUCCAAUGCAAAUGCACUGUAUCUUCUGGGAAUGUGUGCGCUGGAGCUGGGCAAGCCGCAAGAGGCGGUGAGCCUCAUGACCAAGAGCCUGCUGCUGGAUCCAGACUUCCGUGCCCCCUACGUCUGCUUGGGGGUUGCCUUUCUGCGGCUGAAGCAUUUCGAGGAGGCCAUUUCCAUCUCGGAGGCUUGCCUGGACAGGCACCCUUCUUCCCCACAGUGCGUGUAUCACAUCGGCGUGGCGUGCUGCCAACUGUCCCUGCUCAUCACCGCGAAAGAAGCGGCUGGCAUUCCACUGGAUUACCAAGAGCGGCAACUCCUGGACGACCUGCGCAAGCGAGCUUUGGCAAGCCUGUCUGAGGCACGUGAGAGCGAGGAAGGUCAGAAGCGGAAGCCCAACCCUGGCUCUGGUCGCGUGCCUGAAGCGCCAUGGCUCGAGAGCGACGGUGCCAUGAUAGACAUGCUUGCCGCAGCCCGCGGGAUGCGAAACGGGCUUGGAGGUGGAUACAACCAGGAUGCUGCUCAAGCCCGUGAGAUACGGCUGCCACCCACGGUUGGCUGGAGGAUUUUUGGCUGGCGCACGUGA